AUGCUACCUACUAUAUUUCUAUCUUUCUAUGAAUAUCACAAUUUGUCCACAGGUACAAAACUUCCGACAAAGGGCAAGCCGACCCCAAAGACCAAGAAAACCAACCCGAUUGAGGCUGAUGACUCAGACGAUUCAUCGAUCUCAUCUCUUUCCGAUGGCAGUCAAGGGCGCUUAGGGAAAUCAGACAGUGACGAUGAAGAUGACAAUGAUUUCGAUGUUGCAUGGAUGACAGAUAGGGAGUUCAGGCAGAUGUUCAACAGAGAGCUCCCCCAGGCUGCUGAUGCAGCUUCGUUGUUUGACAACGAUGAUGACAUCGAAAUCGCCACUAGCCGGCGAGGGUCCAGCUCUGAAGCUUCGCGCCCCCCCACAUCUGAUUCCAAAGGGUUGUUUGAUGAUCCAAACGAUUCAGGUGAAGAGGAGGUUGAUGAAGACGACACCUCACCUGUAGUGGCUACUUUGAUGUAUCAAUUACCCUAA